CAAGUUUCUGUGUUAUAUAAUAUGUACACUUGUAUAUUUUAACAUUAACAUAUUUCAAUAAUACAGAGAGGGGGGGGGCGAAUAGAAGAUUAUUGAAUGAAAGGGAAGGUUUAUAAAAGAGGGGAAGAUUAAUUCAAUUUAAUAAAACAAUAAACUGAAUUUGUAACUGAUUACAUGAUAGUCAAUUAUUGAGGAAUCAUUAAACUUAUGUUGAAUAACUACUGAUUAUACGGCUGAUAUAUAUGUUAAACAGGCCUUAUUUGACUUCAAAAUCAAACAAUCAUUUUUCCUCUAAGAUGUUGGCUACUAAUGAUGUCAUUAAAUCUCAGUAUGAUACAUUACUAGAUAAACAAUCAAUUAAUUCAUGGCUUCCAUUGCCACAUCCAUGUGUAUUCACAUCGAACUGGUCAUCUCUUCAUUUUGAUUUAAUUAAAAAUUAUCCAUUAUCUUGUUUACAUUCAAAACAUACAUCUGAAUCAAAUUCUACAUUAACACUAAAAGAAUCCUGUUUAAAUGUUCAUAAACCAGGAUUUAUGUCAAAUGAAUCAACCUUAAACAAUGAUCAUUAUAUAGAAGUGAAUGAGGAUUGUGAAACAGAUUCAAAUAUGAUUCAGAAUGAAAACAAUACAAAUGAACACCUUAAUAAAGAAUAUGGAACUCUACCAGAAGUAAAGAAACCAAUAUUAUCAACUCAUAAAGGUAUAACUAAUAAUUAUAUAACAAUCAAAAAAUUUACAAUCCGUGAAACAACAAAUUUAUUAAAAACAUGGUUAAAUAAUCAUCGUCAUAAUCCAUAUCCAACAAAAAAUGAAAAAAUUAAAUUAUCUAUUAUAACUAAUUUAAGUUUAACACAAAUUUCAACAUGGUUUGCUAAUGCUAGAAGAAGAUUAAAAAAAGAUAAUCAAAUGACAUGGAUACCAAAAAUACGUCAUCAUAGGAUAGUAACUAAUUCAAUCAAUUUAAAUAAUAAUAAUAAUAAGAUACAAAUUUGUCAAAAACAGGGUGGUGGUGAUAAUAAUAAUAAUAAUAAGGUUAAUAUGGAUCAAUUAUCACAAACGAAAUCUCAAUUAAAAUCAACAAUAAUAAGAGAUUGUUUAAUUAAUCCAUUCAAUACUAAUCAUCAUCAUCUUCAUCAUCACAACUAUCACCACCACCACCACCAUCAUCAUCAUGAUUCUCCUCAUUUGACAUCAUUCAAAAAUCAAUUAAUUUUGAAAUAUUUUCUAAAUAAAACUACCCAGCAACAAGAAGAAGAAGAAGGAGAAGAAGAGCAACAACAACAACAACAACAAGAAUGUCUACAAUUCAAAGAGAAAUUAAAUAAUAAUAAUAAUAAUAAUAAUAAUAAUAAUGAUCAGAUCAAUUCAUCUAAUGAGAAUUUUAUAAUCAAUAAUGAUCAUAGCAACAAUGAUUAUCAUUUAUGGUAUAAUGAUUAUCAUACUAAAUUAAUGCAUAUAAUAAAUCAAUUAAAUUGUGAAAAUAUGGAUCAAUAUCCAUUAUUAUAUGGAUCAUUAUCGAAAUUCACUACAAAUAAUAAUACUACUACUACUACUAAUAAUAAUAGUAUCAUAAGAGAUGAUCAAACAUCACAAUUAUGUUAUCCUUCAUCAAAAAUAUGUACCACAACUACUAUUACUACUACUAAUACUACUAAUACUACUACUACUAAUACUACUACUACUACUACUACUACUACUACUACUACUACUACUACUACUACUACUACUACUACUACUACUACUACUACUACUACUACUACUACUACUACUACUACUGCUACUACUACCAACACUGCUACUACUACUACUACUACUACUACUACUACCACUACUACUACUAGUACCACAACUACUAUUACUACUACUAAUACUAAUACUACUACUACUACUACUACUACUACUACUACUACUACUACUACUACUACUACUACUACUACUACUACUGCUACUAAUACCAACACUGCUACUACUACUACUGCUACUACUACCAACACUGCUACUACUACUACUACUACUACUACUACUACUACUACUACUACUACUACUGCUACUACUACUACUACUACUACUACUACUACUACUACUACUACUACUACUACUACUACUGCUACUACUACCAACACUGCUACUACUACUACUACUACUGCUACUACUACCAACACUGCUACUACUACUACUGCUACUACUACCAACACUGCUACUACUACUACUACUACUACUACUACUACUACUACUACUACUACUACUACUACUACUACUACUACUACUACUACUACUACUACUACUACUACUACUACUACUACUACUACUACUACUACUACUACUACUGCUACUACUACUACUACUACUACUACUACUACUACUACUACUACUACUACUGCUACUAAUACCAACACUGCUACUACUACUACUGCUACUACUACCAACACUGCUACUACUACUACUACUACUACUACUACUACUACUACUACUACUACUACUGCUACUACUACCAACACUGCUACUACUACUACUACUACUACUACUACUACUACUACUACUACUACUACUACUACUACUACUACUACUACUACUACUACUGCUACUACUACCAACACUGCUACUACUACUACUACUACUACUACUACUACUACUACUACUGCUACUACUACCAACACUGCUACUACUACUACUACUACUGCUACUACUACUGCUACUACUACCAACACUGCUACUACUACUACUACUACUACUACUACUACUACUACUACUGCUACUACUACCAACACUGCUACUACUACUACUACUACUACUACUACUACUACUACUACUACUACUACUACUACUACUACUACUACUACUACUACUACUACUACUACUACUACUACUACUACUACUGCUACUACUACCAACACUGCUACUACUACUACUACUACUACUACUACUACUACUACUACUACUACUACUACUACUACUACUACUACUACUACUACUACUACUACUACUACUACUACUACUACUACUACUACCACUACUACUACUAGUACCACAACUACUAUUACUACUACUAAUACUAAUACUACUACCACUACUACUACUACUACUACUGCUACUACUACUACUACUACUACCAACACUACUACUACUACUGCUACUACUACUACUACUACUACCAACACUACUACUACUACUGCUACUACUACUACUAACACUACUAUUAUUAUUAUUAUUAUUAUUAUUAUUAUUACCACUACUACUGCUGCUAAUGAUGAUAAUAUUACUAUUACUAAUAAUAAUAAUUACUAUUGUAUAUGA